AUGGGCAAGCACGUGGAAGUCAAGGCACCCACGCCCAAGACCGACAGUGAGAGACAGCUCAUGUCGAACGCGCUGAAGAAGAACACCAACCUCCAGAGUAUGGUGGACCUGGAUCGGACCCGCAUCAAUGCAAUCAUCGAUGUGGCAUGGAAGCAGGACGUACCAAAAGGAACCCGGCUCAUCAGAGAGGGCGACCUCGAAGCGGAUUACUUCUACAUAGUGCAGUCAGGCCUCUUCAGCAUCUCCAUCGCAGACCAGAAGGAUGGCAAGACGCUGCCUUCGAUCGGCCCUGGCGGCAGCUUCGGCGAGCUGGCCCUGAUCUACUUCGCACCCCGGGCGGCCACAGUGGAGGCCACUGAGCAGGCUUCGGUGUGGGUGAUCGACCGAGGAAACUUCAAGCAGAUCUUGGCAAAGUCCGCUGACGAGCUUGAGCAGGAGAACUUGAAGCUGCUCGACAAGGUGCGGUAA